UGCCGCUCGCCGCGCUGAGGCAGUGCGGUGGCGGGCGGGCCAAGGCUGCCGCCCAGCGCCCUCGCCGCGGCCAUGCCCGGGCCCUAGCGCGCCUGCCGCAGCCCGCGCUCCGCGCCCGGUCCCGCGCCCCGCAGCCCCCCCAGCCCCGCGCCCGCCGCCGCCUCUUCAAUGGGCAACCUGCUCGGCGGUGUCAGCUUCCGCGAGCCCACCACAGUGGAGGACUGUGACUCUACCUGGCAGACGGACUCGGAGCCCGAGCCCGAGGAGCCAGGGCCGGGCGGCGGCGGCGGCGGCGAGGGCCCGGGGCAGGAGCCCGAGCAACCUGCGCAGCUCCCGGAACGGGCGGGCGGGCGGCCUCGAGCCAGCCCCGAGCCGGACGGAGACGCCGAGGCGGCGGGCGCCGAGCAGGGUGGUGACUCCACUGAAGCAGCUGCCAAACCAAAGAGAAGCUUUUAUGCUGCAAGGGAUUUGUACAAAUACCGACAUCAGUACCCACAGAACUUCAAAGAUAUCCGAUAUCAAAAUGACUUGAGCAAUCUUCGUUUUUAUAAGAAUAAAAUUCCUUUUAAGCCAGAUGGUGUUUACAUUGAAGAAGUUCUAAAUAAGUGGAAAGGAGAUUAUGAAAAGCUGGAGCACAACCACACUUACAUUCAGUGGCUUUUCCCCCUGAGAGAACAAGGCUUGAAUUUCUAUGCUAAAGAAUUAACUACAUAUGAAAUUGAGGAAUUCAAAAAAACAAAAGAAGCAAUUAAAAGAUUCCUCCUGGCCUAUAAGAUGAUGUUAGAAUUUUUUGGAAUAAAACUGGUUGAUAAAACUGGAAAUGUUGCUCGGGCCGUUAACUGGCAGGAAAGGUUUCAGCAUCUGAAUGAGUCCCAGCACAACUAUUUACGAAUCACUCGUAUUCUUAAAAGCCUUGGUGAGCUUGGAUAUGAAAGUUUUAAAUCUCCUCUUGUAAAAUUUAUUCUUCAUGAAGCUCUUGUAGAAAACACUAUUCCCAAUAUUAGACAGAGCGCUCUGGAAUAUUUUGUUUACACAAUUAGAGACAGGAGAGAGAGGAGAAAGCUCCUACGGUUUGCCCAGAAACAUUACACGCCUUCAGAGAAUUUUAUCUGGGGACCGCCAAGGAAAGAACAGUCAGAGGGAAGCAAAGCCCAGAAAAUGCCUGCCCCUCCCACCUCUGGUCAUAUCAGUCAAACUUCUAUGCACAAAAAAUCCAGGGACUCCAAAAAUUCCUCCUCAGCUGCUCAUUUGAAUAGCAAAACAGCUGAGGAAAAGAAAACGACACCUGGAGGGCCUGGAGAAGAGACAGACAGGCCCAGUGCAGAGCCCAGCAGUGAAGUCGCCAAGCCAGGAAAUGCAGAGGACGAUAAUGCUGAAAAUUCAAAUUCUCAACUGGAGAAAGCAGUCAGCCAUCCCACAGAGAGGAAGGAAACUGCAGUUCCUCCAGAAAAAGAUGAAGAAGGUGAAAAUCAUAACAAAGACUGUGAAAAUCCUGGAAAUUCAGGCCCGCCUGAUGAUGCACUAUUACAGUGAAUUAUCAAUUAUCAGAGAACCCACAAACCUGUGUAGGUAAGGGAGGGAAAAACUAUAUACAAUCUAUCCUGAAGAACAGAGGUCGUUUCACAUUUUACUCAUCUGUUUGUAAUUUCUGUUGUAAACAGUCUGUUUUUGGUUUUUUUAUGUUGGAUGAUAAUGAAUUUAAUAUUUAGUAAGAGGUUUUAAGCAAGACCCAAUAAAUGAAUGUACUCUUUAACAAUUUUUAGGAUGUGAGUUUUCAAGUUUUGUGUAUAACAAUUGCAUUUAAAUUAUUUUCACUGUAUAUGGAAAUAAUCAUGUAGUAUUUGAUAUAUCAAAUAAAUUUUUUGGGAGAUUACAGUCUAUAUGAAGAAAAUCAAGAGGAUAAAUUUCAUUAUGUUGCCACAUCAUUGGCCAAUUUAUGCAUUCAUAAAACUGGAAAAACAAAUUUGGUCGUUUCAAAUGUAUUCAGCAAGUGAUUUGGACUCUUCAGUAUGACAACUCUUCAUAAAUUCUGGUGUGUGAAAUGGAUAUUCUUAGGGAGCCAUAAUCACCCUGCCCACUGUCGUUUCCUCUUUUCCUGUCUCUGCCCUUGCUCUCAUUUGCCAUCUUUGUCGGCCAGCAUGUGCAUUUCUAGGGUACAUUCAGGUGAUCCCCUGUACUGACAUUUAAAUGGAGCAGAGGGGCUCUUUUAACUGUAUUUAUCAAGAAUUUGCUUUUUUAAAGUAAUAAAAAUGUUUUUCUAUGUUAUAUGCUUAAAAACAAAUUUUGAUGCAAAAGUCCAAGAAAAGGAUUUUGCUUUUAUGGCUGUUCCAUAUAAAUUCGGUGCUUGUUUCUGAAUGCAAAUGACUAAAGAAUUAAAAAAUAAGGAAAGAAAAUAUACAUUUUUAAAUAGCAUGCCUCUUAAACUGGUAACAAGGCAGUGGUCCUAAAACCUUGACUAUUUCAGUAUUCUUUAGGCUGUGAAAUUAAUAAUAUUGCUUAGUCCAGUGUAUCUUUAAAAAAGAAAACAAUUUGAUAUAUCUCUAAGUUGUGAAACCUUGAAAUUCAGGAGAUUUAAAAUUCCAUAUCCUCAGUUUUAGCAAGCACUUAAUGUGUUAAUAUUGGUUAAGAGUAAGUAGUUUUACUUUCUGUAAUAUUAUUACUAAUAUUACACAUCAGAAAAUGACUGUGGUGAGAAUUUCAAAACAUACCUACAAAUAUAGUUAAAGCAAUUAAUAGGAAAAAAAUUCACUUUCAUUUAGAGAAGAAUUGGCAGUCGUGUAUCUCUUGGGCUUUUAGAUUCUCUUUAACCCCCCCGAGAAUGUUUACUGUGUCCUAUUUGUUAGUCACAUCAUAUCAUCCUCUGUGACCUUUACAAUCGGGGGAUUUCCAGCAGAGGAUUUCUAGAAAAUAUACCAAUAGUAUGCCUUUAGAAGUAUGCUUUUAUUGCUUUGGAGUUUACAUAAAGCAGUCUAGUUGCUCGAACCUGAGUUUAUAAUAUAUUAUUAACCAAGUUGUAUGUCAUAUUCCAAUUACUUUAGAGCAUCUUCUCAUUUUUGGUGCCCAAAGUAUCCCAGUUUUUGCUUUCUACUGUUUUGUGAAGUGAGUAUUAAGAUUUGGAGAAACAAUUCUGCUUUUGCAUUUCAAUUUCUUUUUUGUGUGGACCCUCUAAUGUGAUGCUUGGAGCAAUGUCCCCAUAGAGCUCAAAAAACAGUUUUACAGGGUAAGAUGAGAGUAGUUGUCACAUGGAGCUGAACUGGAGGAACAUGAUUAAUUCAAAAUAUCUUACCAAGUUGAAUACAUAAAAAAGUGUUCAGACUGCUUUCUAAGUGCAAAAUAUUUAAAAUUUGUGACCAGAUAUUAAAAUAUUAAUAAACAGUGGACAGAGACUAAAAUAAAUGAAUAUAACCUGAAUUGCUUAGAAAUUAUCAUGUAUCAGAGUCCUUACAAGUAAAAACGCUUCAUUCAACAAUUAAACUUCUAGAAUAUUAUUCCUAAAUAGGGGUUUGAUUAGAUUGUACCAAUUAAUUUGAGAAUAUUUAGUCUCAAGGGAAAAACUGCCUGGCCUCCAUUUAUAUAAACAGUGGCCUUUCCCCACGAUGUUGUUUUUAAAAUCCGUAUUCAAAUGUAACAGUAUGAUUCCUACAUUUAAUCUGCAAAUAAUCUAUGAGAGAAUUCCUCAGUGGAGAACAAAUGAGAAGACGACAUUCCUUUUGCAGAUAAAAAUUGUGAGUGUCUAUAAUUUUUUUCUAUAAAGAAUACUUUGUAAAAUUAAUAGUUUUUUAAAUAAGAUCUAUAGAUAUGUAUUUAUGUGGGUCUUAAAUAUCAAACAGCCCUCUGGGGUUGACUCUAAUGUUUUGUAUUUUUAAAAACUACCAUAUGCUUGCAGAAAUUUACUGAGAAGCUGUUUUAAAAAUGCGGUGAAGCAUGGCCAAAUAGCUAGAAACAUUAUUGAAUCUUUGCAGAUAUAUAGACUUUAUUGUUGUACCUUGGACUGUGAAGAUAUAAACAUUGGCUAUUGAUAAAAUAUUUACUUGCACUUCAUGGCAGAUGUUAUAUCGCUUGGUUAGUCUAGUACAUUUCUAAUAUUUUGUGCUUUCAUAUCUCUAAGGAGAUAAUAUAUGUGAAAGUAUUUUGAAAUACUGUAAAGUGAUAUAUAAUUAUAAGAUAUAUUUCUGUACAGUAGAGAAAAAGUUUAUAACAUUAAGAAUAUUGUACCGUUAUACAGUUUCAUGCUCAGUCUCAUACAAAACUCAAAAGAAUCUUGAUAGAAGCUAAAAUGUGUCUGCUUUUUCUAUAUCAGGUCUAGUUCUCAAUUCAAAAAUUAUUUUGCAUAGUUUUAUUUUGAAUUUUGAUUUUGAGACUACUUUUUUUCAGCUUCGAGGAGAAAAUAAAAUGUGCAACUCAGGAGUUACUAGAGAAGUUCUGAGAUUUUAUUUUCUUUGCUAAGUAUUAACAAUGUAAACAUGGAAAUGUCAUUUCAUAAGUAUCAUA